CUGGGAAAAGAUUGCACUGAUUAUUCGUCUAAAAAUGACGUUAAAAGUGUGCUGAAACAAGUAGAAAAGUUUGAAUUCUUAUUGGGCAUGGUAAUAUGGUAUGAUGUUUUGCAUCCCAUUAAUAAAGUCAGUAAAUUAUUACAAAGUGAAGAUAUGUGCAUGGAUGCUUGUAUAGUAAAUAUGAAUGCUUUGAUUAUUUAUUUAAACAAGUAUCGAAAUGAGGGGUUUGAAGAUGCAAUGAGUAGAGCAAAAGGUAUUGCUCUAGAAUUGGGGCUUGAACCUUGUUUUCCUGAAAGGCGAUCGAUCCGGAGGAAAAAACACUUUGAUGAAGAUAAAGAAGAUGAUGAAGAUAAGUCGCCUCAAUAUGCUUUUAAGUGUUUUUAUUUUAAUGUUGUAAUGGAUGCUUGUUUGGUUUCUCUGCAAAGUAGAUUUGAUCAGAUGAAGGUUUUUCAAGGUAUUUUUGGGUUCUUGUUCAAUUCAAGGAACUUGAAAUCAUUGGAUUCUGAUAAGUUGAUAGAUUCUUGUAAGAUACUUGCAGAAGCUCUACAAGAUGGUGAAAAGGAAGACAUUGAUAUGGAUGAUUUAUUUCAAGAAUUGAAAAUGUUGCAAAAUAUUUUACCGGAUGAUAGGGACACAGCCAUUAAAAUUCUUGAUUUUGUGAAGAACUUGUGUUGUUAUCCGAAUACAACAAUUGCUUACAGAAUACUGUUGACAAUACCUGUGACCGUUGCCACAGCGGAGAGAAGUUUUUCAAAGUUGAAGAUACUGAAGAAUCAUUUGCGAUCGACUAUGUCUCAAGAAAGGCUGAAUGGAUUAGCAAUUUUAAGCAUUGAGCAUGAAGUCUUGGAAAAGGUUGAUUAUGAAGCAAUUAUUGAUGAUUUUGCUUCACAGUGUUCGGCGAGAAACGUUUUUAAGUAAUAUUUUUCUUUUUAUGUGAUACUUGUUACCUUUCAUCAAACAUGUUAUUUAAAUAUUAAUAAAGUGAAUUUCAUCUUUAUUUUUUUACCUUUAUUCAAUUAUUCGGUAGUUUUAUUAUAAUCUAUGUUUAGCUUAUAAAUUUAGACCCAACUUAGCUUCUCGUCCAUAGGCCCACAAAAUGACAGGACCGGCCCUGUAGCUAGGGAGGGGCCAACUCUGGUCCCGGCCCAGCUUAAAUUUUAAAAAUGUGUGUAUUUUUAACGUAAAAAGUUCUGUAUAUUUUUUUUUUCAAAAAUAUUCUUUGUACCGAUUCGGU